CUCAGCCAUCAUCAUCAUCUCCCCUCAGCUUUGCACAGUUGGGAAAUUCGGCAGUUUCAUGAGAGCUUCUCAGAAAGGCCCAAUUUGUUUUUGCACCACGUUCUCCUCCUCCCUCUCCCUGCGCGCUUCCGUAUCUCAUACUUCAAUAAUUCACGGCGCCUCCUCUCGCCGCCUUUCACCUCCGCAAACGCAGAUCUGUGGAUUUGUUCUCUAGAAGUUUAUGCCACCCCCGUUCCGGAAAAUUAGGUGAUCAUCGACCGGAAUUAAUCGGGGGGCAUUAUGGCAACGCUGAAGUCGUCUAGGUCCAGAACGCAUGCGGCCUCGACGCCGGCGAAAGGAGGCGGCAGGGACGCCGGCGUUAAGCUGGAGGAGAAGCUUACUGUCUUUAAAUCCGACAGUUUUGACGCCGACGGCUUUGUCCAAUCCAAGUGCCAUUCUAUGAAUGAAAAGGAGAUUAGGCAGUUAUGCUCCUCACUGAUGGAUCUGAAAAAAGCUUCUGCGGAGGAAAUGCGCAGAAGUGUUUAUGCUAACUAUACAGCUUUCAUUCGCACAUCAAAAGAGAUUUCAGAUCUCGAGGGUGAACUUUCAUCAAUGAGAAAGCUGCUAUCUACUCAGUCUACUUUAAUCAAUUAUUUAGCUGAAGGAGUCCAUGUUAAUUCUUAUAGACUACGAUCAGGACUAUUACGAGUCUUAUUGUUUCUGCAAACUGCCAUUACGGAACGUAGGAAAAAAUUAGCCGACCAGCUUGCUGACAUUGCCUCCCAAACUUCAACUCGUGGUACAGAGCUUCGUGCUGCUAUUUCAGCUCUCAAGAGACUCGGUGAUGGUCCUCGUGCUCAUAGUUUACUCCUCAACGCUCAUCAUCAGAGGUACCAAUACAAUAUGCAAAGUUUUCGUCCCUCAAGCACAACAUAUGGUGGAGCAUAUACUGCGGCACUCUCACAAUUGGUAUUCUCUGCCAUUUCCCAAGCAGCCAGUGAUUCGUUAGCUAUUUUUGGGAAUGAGCCAGCUUAUACAUCGGAGCUUGUAGUGUGGGCCAGCAAGCAAACAGAGGACUUUGCUCUCCUUGUCAAGAGGCAUGCACUCUCAUCAUCUGCAGCUGCUGGGGGCCUUAGGGCCGCUGCAGAAUGUGUUCAAAUAGCUUUUGGACAUUGCACAUUGUUGGAAGCUCGGGGGCUUGCACUUUGCCCGGUGCUGUUGAAGUUAUUUAGGCCAAGUGUUGAGCUAGCAUUGGAAGCUAAUCUGAAACGAAUUGAGGAGAGCACUGCUGCUCUGGCAGCAGCUGAUGAUUGGGAACUUACAAAUCCUCCAAGUUCCAUGCGCCAAACUGCUGCAUAUCAACAUAAGCUUUCAAGUAGUGCACAUCGGUUUCAUUUGAUGGUUCAGGAUUUCUUUGAGGAUGUGGGACCCUUGCUAAGCAUGCAGUUGGGCGGAAAAGCAAUGGAUGGCUUGUUUGAGGUUUUCAACUCUUACAUCAACACACUCAUAAAAGCAUUACCUGGCUCUAUAGAAGAGGAAACCGGCAUCGAUGGUUCAAUGAAUAAAAUUGUUCGAAUUGCUGAGACUGAAGCCCAGCAGAUUGCUUUGCUUGCUAAUGCCUCCUUAUUAGCAGAUGAGCUUUUACCUCGUGCAUCUAUGAAGCUUUAUCCCUUCAAUCAGGCCAAUAACAAGGAUGAACCUCAACGAAGGACUGAUAGACAAAGCCGUUAUCCAGAGCAAAGGGAAUGGAAAAAGCGUCUUGUGAGCGCUGUUGAUAGAUUAAAAGAUAGUUUUUGUCAACAGCAUGCUCUGGAUCUCAUUUUUACUGAGGAAGGUGACAGCUAUCUUACUGCAGAAAUGUACAUAAACCUGGAUAGUAAUGCAGAUGAGAUAGAAUGGUUCCCGUCUCAAAUAUUCCAAGGGCUCUAUGUUAAGCUAAACAGGGUAGCUGCCAUAGCUGCAGAUAUGUUUGUGGGACGAGAAAGGUUUGCAACAUUGUUAUUGAUGAGACUCACAGAAACUGUAAUCUUGUGGCUUUCCCAAGACCAGAGUUUUUGGGAUGAUAUUGAGGAUGGACCAAAACCUUUAGGUCCUAUUGGGCUUCAGCAGUUUUAUUUGGAUAUGACAUUUGUCAAGUGCUUUGCUUCACAAGGACGCUACUUAUCUAGGAAUUUGAACCGCAUCGUCAAUGAGAUCACAGCCAAAGCAUUGUCUGCAUUUUCUUCAACAGGGUUGGAUCCAAAUAGUGUACUCCCAGAAGAUGACUGGUUCAAUGAAAUUUGCCAAGAUGCUAUGGAUAGGCUGAGUGGAAAGCCAAGAGUUGCCAACGGGGAACGAGAUUUAAACAGCCCAACAGCUUCUGUCUCAGCACAGUCGAUAUCCUCUGUGCGAUCUCAUGGGAGUUAUUGAUGUAGUAUAAUCUUUAGACCAUUGUGAAAUGUAGAUGAACAUAUUCAUUGCUUAUAGAUUAGCAGUGCUUUUCAUAGUGACAUAAAAGCUCCAUUCAUUCAUGUGUUCUUGCUCUCAUCUUGCUUGAUCAUAGGACUACUGUUCUGACACAACCCCUGUAAAUGCAUGCUAAUGUGAAAUCCACAUGUCUGGACAAAACUGAUGCAUCAAAUUUCUUUCAAGAAGCUGAGAAAUGCAAUAAAGUCAUUACAAAUAA